UGAAGAACAGGUUGCUAUUUUUUUAUACACCGUGGGACAUGCUUCUACAAAUAGGCAGAUACAAAAACUUUUUGGUAGGUCUGGAGAAGUUAUCAGUCGUCAUUUUCACAAUGUGUUACGAGCUGUCAUAGAACUAGAAGAUAAAUUUAUUAGACAACCAAAUGGAUUGUCCACACCAGCGGAGAUCCGGAAUGAUCCAAAGUUCUACCCCUACUUCAAGGAUUGCGUGGGACCAAUUGAUGGAACUCAUGUGCGAGUUAAAGUCCCUGCUGAAGAUGCUCCUAGGUAUCGUGGAAGAAAAGAUUAUACCACACAAAAUGUUUUAGCAGCAUGCACCUUUGACUUAAAAUUUACAUAUGUCGUAGCUGGCUGGGAAGGAACAGCAUCUGACUCACGAAUUUUAAAAAGUUCGUUGAAGCGAUCAUGUCCAUUAAAAUUUCCACGAGGUAAGUUCUAUCUUGGUGAUGCUGGUUUUGGCGUGAUGGGUGGCUUGAUUCCACUGUAUAGAGGGAAGCGAUACCAUUUGAAAGAGUAUUCACGUAACCCACCGAAGACUAUGCGUGAGCUAUUUAAUUUGCGACACUCAUCGCUCAGAAAUGCUAUUGAGAGAGCAUUUGGGGUCUUAAAAAAGAGAUUUCCAAUUAUGGCUAACGCAGAUGAACCAAAAUUUGAUGUUAGGAGGCACACAAGGAUCAUAUUAGCGUGCUGUAUUUUACAUAAUUUUCUUAUGGGCGUCGAUCCUGAUGAAGAUAUACUCAGAGAAGUGGAUGAAGAACUUGCCAACAGAACUGAUGUCGAACAUGAAAACCAAGCAGAUGAUGUUAAUGAAGAAGAUGACGUUGCAAGAGGACAAGUUGUUAGGGAUCGUAUCGGAAAUGGAUGUGGCGGGAUUACACCACUUAGGUGUUUGUGAAUUGUAUUAAAUAUGUUAGACUUAUUUGAUCUCUGGAAUACAUUAGUUAUUAAAACUCCGAAUUUGUUUUUUUUGUUUAUUUGUUUGCUCAUGGCUCUUGUAUGAAUUGCCUCCUUGUUC